CCGCUGACCAAUUGUUGCAGAGCCAUGUUCGUCCCAUUAAAAGAAGCAGAUUCUGUAAAAUGGAGUGAAUACUCUUUGAUUUUGCCUGCAGUGUCCAUUGGUAAUGUUGGACAGCUAGCAACAGACUUGGUUAUUUCAGCCUUAUCUCCAUCAUUGAUUGGUUUCUUCCAUGAUGCUAGCAUCCUUCCUGUAGUUGGAAAUGAUGCCUUUGACCACAACCAGAGUGGGAARCUGAACCUGAGUGUUGAAGUUUAUAAAAGUGAAGAACCCAGACUUAUCAUUAUACAAAAGAGAUCACCAGUUUGUAAGGGCUAUCAGUCAUCUUAUUGCAAAAAGCUCCURGAAUGGAUCAAGGAAUGUGGCUUCCAAAGAGUUGUCAUGUUGUCAAGUGUAAGCGCCACUGACAGAAUAGACUCACAGAUCAAAGGAUCUCCACUACGAUAUCUGACAUCAUCGCCUGUUAAAGACAACAAGUUUGAACARCUGCUGUGGGUUCCUUUUGAGAAAAAAUUAUAUGGCUUUAGUAAUGAAGAUGAAGGUGUGUAUUCAAUGCCCGGUGGAGGAAUUACCAGAAGGUUUUUUGAGGCAUGCUGCCAAGAAAAGGUAAAUUUGACUGUUCUCGUGACUUUCUGCUCUGAAGGAGAAAACAUUGCUGAUGGAGUGCAGUUGUUCUUAUAUCUGAAUCAGUGGAUUAACAUUGUAGAUAAGGAUAAGGUGGAAGCAAAGUUUGCUGGAAAACCAAGUGACUUCCGUAUCCCUUCCUCUUGGUCUCUGAUGUUUGGAUCUCCAAUAUUACAUGAUUUUAUAUUCUAAAGAAUGCAUAUCAUUCAGUAGUUAUUYAUAUGUCAAAAUUUUAUUCAGUUUAAAAUUUCAAAAAAUAUUUCAUUUUUAAUAAYACUGUAGUUAAGUAUACACUGGUGCACUGAUAAAUUGAGCCAGUUUCAAUACACUUUGAAAGUGGAAGAUAUGAUUUCUCUGACCUCUGUUUGCCUUAGAGUCUAUAGUUUUGACUUCAUGUAACCAAAUAUAAAUUUGAUGUUAUGUAAUUCCUUUAGCCGAAGCAAAGUAAUAGAGUAUUAGUAUGUAUAUUAUGUAAAUGUUCAUAGAGCAGAGUCACAUGAACCAUGAAAUAAAAACUAAAAAGUACUAACUAAUAGGCACUAUUAGUUUCUAAUAGUCAU